AUGGUUCAUUGGAGUGAAUACUUUUGGGGUGAAGGAAAUCGGGGUUUCGAAGUGUUGUCAAGUAAUGUUAAAAAUGGUGCAAUAGCUAUUGAAGAAUUUCAACGAUUUCUAAAUGAAAGUGUACAAUGCGAAUCAGUAUACUAUAAAAGUUUAUCGCGUUUACAAUCACAACUAAUAAAAAGUCAAUAUUUGGGCACAUUCACACCAAUAUGGAAUUUAAUGCGUGAUCUAUUCGAUAAAAUUUCUUCAGCACAUUUAACAACUCUGAAUUUUUACCAAGAGUUAUUACGUGAUAUUCAUGGCUAUCAAGAUUUAUAUCAAAAAAAAGUUAAAACACACAUACAAAAGGAUGCAGAUAUAUUACGUACAGCUGAACUUAUAUCACAAUUACAUAAUUCAUUACAUAUACUUAACAAAGCUAAAGAGCAAUAUCAUUCGAUUGCAUUAGAUCAUGAACGAGCAAAACGGAUGGGCAACGGUUUAGUAAAUACUUCAUCAUCAACUACAUCACAAGAAAAUAAUUCAUCAAGCCUUGCUCAAACAACAUUACAUGUAUUAGCAAUGAAUAAAAUAGAACGUUUAGAAAAAAAAUCUCGACUUGCUCAAGAUGAAUAUAAAUUAGCAAUUGAAAAAUAUAAUGCAAUUAGAAAUGAAUAUGAAAAGCGUUUUCAUGAUGCUUGCACAAAAUUUCAAGAUUUUGAAAUCGAUCAUAUUGAAAAAAUGCUUGUCUUUUCAUUAAAUUUUUCUGAAAUGCUUCAACGAAAUCAAGAACAAAUAAGAACAGCACAAAAUGAUUUUAACGAGAAAUUAAAAUUAUUAAGUGGAAAUGAUCUUUUAGAUACGUUUGUUGAACAAAAGAAAACAGGAACAGAUCGACCAAUUGCUUUACAAAUUGAAGAAGUUGAUAAUCUUAAAGCAUCAACAAAUCCCACUACGCCUGAUGCAAUAAGUGGCCAGGAGGAUUCAAAUGUAAUUGAUCAGUCAGACGCAGGCGUACCUUCAUUUCAAGCUCAUUUUCCUGUUUCAUCAUCAAAUACAAAAAGUGGUGAUAAUAAUAGUAAUAAUAAUAAUAAUCGUGCACUGUCACCACAUUCUGCUACUAGUCAUUCAAAUUCACCAGCUCAUAAUCUAAUAAUAUCUCCUACUUCAAACAUUACGACAACAUCUGUCAAUGUUACGACGUCUAACAAUCAAAUGCUUCGUUCGCAAGAAACAAAUAGUAGUAGUGAGCAAACAUCGAAUCCAUUUGAUGUCAAAAUAAGAAGACCAAAGUUUGCAGGAUUUUUCGGCACAAGUCGUAAAGAUAAAAAAGAAAAGAAAAAUGAAAAAAAAACAUCUACAAAUGCUAAAUCUAGUAAAACUUCACAAUUCCAUCUAUCACGUGAUGAAUCAAAUGAAGUUAAUUUACAAAAUUCUAAUUAUGAAAUCAAUGAUUUUAAUGCAAAAACUGAUAAUCAAGAUGGUUCUAUUCCAAAUUCUUUCAAUGUUGAUAAAACUAAAUGUGCAACACCAGAACCAUAUAUUCAAUCAAAUUCAUCAAUUUUAAAAAAUGAGCUUACGCUUCAACUUCGUCAUAGUGUAAAUCCAACGUCUGCAUCAAAAAUAUCAAUUUCGACUGAUACAAGUAGUGGCGAUGAUGAUGAUGAUGAUGAUGAUGAUAAUCCAAUGUUAAAAAUUGACUUUAAAAUAAAUCCAAAAUCAGAAUUUUCACCAGUAGCAGAUGAUGAAACAAAAAUUGUUAAUGCAAUGCGUCUGAUUGAUAAAAAUAUGGAAAAUUUUAUAACAACUUCUAGAGGAUUGCCAAACAGAAUGCCAGAUUUGAACAAAUCAUUAUCAGUUGAACCCAUUAGUAAAAGAACACAUCCACCACCACCACCUAUUCCAUUACGUGCAACUUUAACUAUAUCAAAUAGUAUACCAACAGAUUAUACCGGUCACUCGAAUAUGUUUCCACCACACGAUGGAUUCGAUCCGUUUCAUUCAAAUAUGACUACCAAUAUUUCGACUAAUCAAGAAAAUCUAUUUGCUCCUCUGCAGUCGACCACAGAAAGCAAAAAUACAACAUCAAUAUCAUCCACUGACGAUGAUGCGGAAGUGGCUAAUUCAUUUCCUAAUGAAAGUUUACCAACAAACAAAACAACUUUAUUUCGUAAAUUACAAGUACCUUCUUUUCGUCACGUAAAUCAACAACAACCACAGUGGACUUCGAUUAGUCCAUCAAUUACUUCAACUAAUCCAAAUUUACAUGAUAGUCCAAUGCCAUCUAAUGAGCAUAGAAUAUCUCCAUCAACUCCUGAUACUACGGAUCUAAUUCCACUUGCAAUUGCUUUUCAAGAAAUAAUUCAUGUUAUGAUAUCUGGAAAUAAUCAAGAAAAUUGGCAAAGCCAAAUUGUUGGUGAAAUGCUUAUUUCAUUUCCAGCUUCAAUUUUAAAUCUAUUUGUUGAUCCAUCAUAUUUUUCAAAUAGAUUACAAUUUCGAUUGAAAAAUUUAGAUCAUAUUGAAAAUAUAAUUACAAAAUCUUCAUUAAUCACACAACAUGAAUUAUCGACGGAUUCAAAUGAACCAAUUUAUUCAUUUGAUAUGACAGAAUUACAUAAUGCUCUUCAAAAUUUACGAGAAAAAAAUCAUUCAUCACGUUUUUUUAAUCUUAAUGUGCUCAAUUAUGAAGUAGAACAUUCAGAUGUUUCAAACAUUCCAAUUCAAAUGUCAUCACAGUGGACGCGCACAUUUGAUACUAUUUCAGUAAAUAUAAAAUAUAGUUUCAAUAGUUCUGCUUUCCCCAAUUCAAUUCGAAUAAAUAAUGAUGCAGUGAUAUUUUAUACGAUCAUCACAGAUGGACAAGAAAUCAAAGAAUCAUUACCGACUGCUGCAUGGUCUGUGAAGGAAUCUAAACUCUGGUGGAAAGUUCCAUAUGUGAAUAAUGGAACCGGAAACUUAUCAGCAACAAUGAUCACUACGCAAAAGAAUACAGUUGAUAACGAUCAACAACAACCAUUAACAACAUCAUCGACUGUAAAUGCUUAUUUUCUUGGUGAAAAUGCACUUUUUUCAUCAAUUGAUUUUGAUCUUGCUUGUAAUGGGUAUCGAAUAUCAUUACUCAAAAAAAAAAUACUCAGUGGUAAAUAUGAGUCUGAACCAGAUCAAACUGAACCAUUACAUUUAUUUCAACGUCCAAGCGUAUCGCCUUCAGCUACUUUUUAA